CAGAAUCUUGAUGGUUUCAAUACCUCAUCAAUGAGUUUAAGGAUCACUUGGACAGAGCUAUUGGAAGAUGAUCAAAAUGGUGUUAUCAUUGGCUAUAACAUUUCAUACUUUUCUCUACCAGCUGUUGGUCAGCCUAUUAACAACUUUACAUCUGAUACUAGUUAUAAUAUUUCUGGACUUGAUGUUUAUACUGAUUACAAUGUAUCAGUAGCAGCAUACACUAGUGCUGGAACUGGACCAUUUGAUUCUGUUAUAAGGAGAACGGAUUCCACAGUACCAACAUCUCCUUCGGAUGUUAGCUACAUCAAUAUUAGUAGUACUUCAAUUGAAGUGUCUUGGAAUCCUCCUACUGAUUUCAAUGGUCCUAAUGAAGGUUAUGUAAUAACAUACAUUAGGCUGGAGAGUGAUACAGAGUCAAUGAGUACUAAUCGAUUGACUGGUACAUCAUUUGUGAUUGAAAACUUAGAGAAAUAUGAACAAUAUAGUGUGACAGUAGUAGCAUUUACUGAUAAAGGACCUGGUGCAUCUAGUGAUGUGUUAUCUGUUUUAACAGAUGAAGACUUACCUGGCCCACCAUCUAAUGUGUCAACUAUGUCAACUAAUACUUCUAUUAGUAUAACUUGGUCUCCUCCAUUGGAUCCUAAUGGUCUAUUGCUCAGUUACUCUAUUAAUGUCACCCUCAAUUCAACUUAUGCACAAUAUCUCUCAUUUGAUGUUAUGACUAUGUCAGUGUCUCAAAAUAUCUUCUCUUACACUUUAUUUGACCUCCUACCUUUUGCUGGUUAUGAUAUAUCACUUCAAGCUUCUACCUCUGUUGGGCUAGGAACCCCUGCCAUUGAAACAGAAACAACUCUACAAGCAGCUCCUGCUGCUCCUGUUGCUAAUCCUAUGGCUAGUCCAGUCAGUUCAACAGCUGUUAAUGUUUCAUGGCUCCCUCCAAAUCUAUCAAAUUGGAAUGGACUCAUUACUAACUAUACAAUAGAGUACAGGACCAAUGAUGAGUACAUUAGGCCCUCUAUUGAAGUAACUGCUACUUUAUCAUCAUUUGCUAAUUCUGAUGACCCAAGAGCUGCUACAACUCCAUUACAACUUGAGUCUAUUAUUAUUCCAAGUCUUCAUGAAUUUGUUAAUUAUUCUUUUAUCAUUACCUUAUCAAACAGCAUUGGCCAAAUCUCUUCAUUGCCAGUUCAUAUCGUCACGCUGGAAUCAACACCUAGUGGGCCUCCUCUUGAUGUAUCAGUUAUAGUAGAUAGUCCUUCGACUGCUCGUAUUAGCUGGUCACCUCCUAUGUAUAUUGACAGGAAUGGAAUAAUAGUGAAUUAUACUGUUAGGAUUAUAACUACUGUUAGAGGGACUAUUAGGGAGACUAACAUUUCUAAUGUAUCUGGUAAUUAUUAUGAUGCCUCAGACCUUCCUCAGUUUGCAUCAUUUAACGUGACAGUUGCAGCUGCUACUAGUGUAGGACUGGGCCCAUACUCUCCCUCUGUAUCAAACAUGACAUUUGAAGGAGUACCAUCAGCCCCUGAUCCUGUAAUUGUAAAGAGAAGGAAUGAUACAGCCAUACAGGUUAAUUGGACUAGACCAGCUGAGCCUAAUGGAAUUAUAUUAGGCUACUUGAUUUAUUAUAUUGGAACUAAAAAUAAUACUGGCACUGAAUAUUCAAAUAUCAAUGUUCUUAUUAUUAUCAAUGUGACUGAUCCAAAUACACUCUCUUAUCUGAUCACUAAUCUCCUUGCUGAUACACAAUAUUUCAUCAACGUAACGGCUUAUACUUCAGCAGGUCUAGGUGCAGUUGGAGAUGGUGAUUCUAUUCUAUUACCCACCGGAAGACCUCCAACAGUACCACCUAAUGUUACUAUAGGAACACCCCCUACUGGUGGCACCAGUGAUCCCACAACUGCCACAACGAUAAGAAUAGAAGUCACAAUACCAGAGGAACUUAAUGCUAAUGGUCCACUGACGAGGAUUCGUAUAUUGAUACGUAUUUUUCUAUCUCGAAAUGAUACAAUAUCCACCUGGUAUGAGAGUCAAAAAUUCCCAAAUUCUGUGGCACCACCAUGGCAGGCGACUCAACUACCAUUAAAUCAAGGAAAUAGGAGGAAGAGACAGGCUGGCGGUGAGACUGUAGCUGAGACCAUAGGUACUAACAACUCGUGUGGUCCUAAUGACAUCGUUUGUAACGGCCCAUUAAAACCAGGGACCCAGUACCAGUUCAAGUACAGGGUGUAUAAUAGUGAUGAUGAUGAUUCCUAUGUGGAGAGUCAGUACUCUGGCCCCAUUAGAACAGAUCCAAUAGCUGAGGAAAAUAAUACUGGUACAACAAUAGUGAUUGCAGUGGUUGUGGUUCUAUUGGUCAUUAUAUUAUUGAUUGCUAUUCUUGUUAUUGUUGUUAUUAUUGUCCUUAAGAGAAGGAAAAGAAAAGCAUACUCUUUUGCUGCAUCCUUCAACGGUAAAGAAGAGCUCAUCACAGCUGGUGAAGGAAAGGGAGCCACUUUAUCUAAAGCAAUUCAAUUAACUCCGACAGAUCCAACCAUAGUCCCUCUUACUGAAAACACUAUUGUUAAUCCGACCGCUGUGAGGACGGCUUCUGUCAAAGCCACACCCAACUCUCGUAAAGUGUACUUGAGGGAUUUCCCAAGCUACGUUGAGGACAUGCUUAAUGAUGCUGGAUUUAAGUUCUCUGAGGAAUACGAGAAAGUAUCAGCUGUUGGACUAGAUCAUUCUAAAGAUGCGUCACUCCUUCCUGAGAACAGAGCUAAGAACAGAUACACUAAUAUAUUGGCCUAUGAUCACUCGAGAGUCAAACUUGAGAGCAUCGACGAUGAACCAGGAUCAGAUUACAUCAACGCAAACUACAUACCAGGUUACAGGAUGCGUAGAGCCUAUAUUGCAACACAAGGACCUUUACCAUCAACCUUUGAUGAUUUCUGGAGGAUGACAUGGGAACAGAAUUCGCACGUUAUUGUAAUGCUGACUCAGCUCGUUGAAAGAGGAAGGACGAAAUGUCAUCGCUAUUGGCCCGGAGCACAGCCGGAAGUUUAUGGAGAAAUAAACGUAGACAUGUUAAGCGAGACUGAGAAGAGUGACUGGAUAGUGCGGAAGUUCAAGAUCACAAAAGAGAAGAGAAGCCGUACAAUAACACACUACCAGUUUGUAUCAUGGCCUGAUCAUGGAGUCCCCGAUGAAGCCGGACCUGCUCUGGAUUUUGUACGGGAAGUACAUGAAGUAGCUUCAUCAGCUUUCGGACCUGUUAUAGUCCACUGCAGUGCUGGUGUAGGUCGUACAGGAACAUUCAUAGCACUGGGUACACUGCUCCAGCAUAUUAAGGACCAUGACUGGGUUGACCUCUUUGGACUGGCUAGUGAAAUGAGACAGCAUCGUAACCACAUGAUCCAGACCGAGCCUCAAUACGUCUUCAUUCACAAAGCAAUGGUUGAUGCUUGCAAGAGCAGCAUGAGCAAGUUUGGUGGUGGCAUUAAAGUAUUACCCAGUUUUCCAAUUUACUCGAACAUUGGUCCUGCAUCACAGCUGAGCGAUUUUUAUGGUGACAUGCUAAGCGAAGAGGCUUCCUAUCAAUACCAGAAGACUUCAGGAAAUGGAAAAACUUAUGAUGAAUCAACUUUCUAAAUUAUUAUUAUAUUAUUCAUCAGUACCUCAUAAUCAUUUCACACGCAUUAUUAUUAAUAUUAUUAUUAUUAUUGUGUAUCACAGUCUUACAUAUUUACUAAUGUCUUUUCCAUGUCUCCUACUUAAUUCAUUUUGUGUUUAUUUUUGUUACUGAUCGUGCCAUAUUAUUAUAUAGCGUUAUCAUUAUUGUAGUGAGUAUUAUCAAGAUUAUGUAAUUUUUGUUGUCAGAUCAUUUGUUAAAAGUCAUAUUAUUUAUGUGAAA